CACACCCUUCCAGGUGCUCACACUUUUCAAGGACGACUGAACAGUAGAGGCAGGUGUUCAUUGUGAUCUGAUAGUUUUGCUGGAAAAUCCGUGGACUCACCAUUUAAGUUUUGUUCUGUCAUCAGACAAAGAGUCAACAUGUCGAUGGGUAUGGAGAUCGUGGGCAUUGCCCUUGGAGUCAUUGGUUUUAUCAUUGCAAUAGUGACAUGCGCCCUGCCAAUGUGGAGGGUGUCGGCCUUCGUCGGAGCCAACAUCAUCACAGCUCAGACCAUCUGGGAAGGUUUAUGGAUGAACUGUGUCACCCAGAGCACGGGCCAGAUGCAAUGCAAGGUCUACGACUCGCUACUGGCCUUGCCUCAGGAGCUACAGGCCUCCAGAGCCAUGAUGAUCAUCGCCAUCAUACUCGGAGUGCUGGGGGUUAUGAUCUCCAUUGUCGGCGCCAAGUGCACCAACUGCAUCGAUGAGGAGGCAGCCAAAGCCAAAGUGAUGAUCAUCGCUGGAAUCUUCUUCCUCCUCGGCGGCCUUUUGGUUCUCAUUCCUGUGUCUUGGACGGCCAGCGUCGUCAUCAGGGAUUUCUACAACCCCAUCCUGACCUCUGCGCAGAGGAGGGAGCUGGGAGCGGCUCUCUACAUCGGCUGGGCAGGAGCUGCCCUGCUUCUGAUUGGUGGGGCAAUGCUGUGCAGCAGCUGCCCGCCAAAAGAGAAGCAGUACAAGCCGCCCCGGAUGGCCUACUCUGCCCCACGCAGCACCAGUGCAGGUGCAGGAUACGACAGGAAAGACUAUGUUUGAACAGAAGUCUCCGACAGAGUGAUUUGGAAUGUAGGAUGAAAUGAAAAUGUUUGUUGCACAUUUGUGUUUCUGUGUGUCUGUGUUGAAUUUUGCUAUCUGAAGCCACAGGGUGAAUCCCACAAAAAGACUCCGAGAUGAAGAUGUUUGUACAAAUAUUGAUCUUUCUGCUUUGCUUUUAGCCGGCAUGUUCAUUUGCAUUAUCAUAAUGUCUUUGCUCUGCUAUAAUCCAGCAGGUGUGUCUUGUUAAAAAAGGUUCCUAUUUUCAUUAUAUGAACAUUAGAGCCUGUUUUCCUGUAAAACAUAACUUUGAUUUUUUUUUUAAAUGCUAUAAGGACAUGUUGUAUUUAUACCCAAACUAUGUCUAUGGCAUUAUGUGAAUCUGAAAACACCUGCUUCUUUUGUGUCGCUCUACCAUUAGCUGUUGGCGUGCUGGUGUCGUGUUUCACUGAAACUUUCAGAGAAAAUACUGUGUGUCACUGACAAUGACAAGGAAAAGCCAGCUCUCAUUUUACAUGGAUUUGGUUGUGUGAUUGUUCCGUGUGUGUGUGUGUGUGUGUGUGUGUGUGUGUGUGUGUGUGUGUGUUUUGCAUGUAAUAUUUGCUUAGGAGAGUUUCUGCUGAGACUGAAACUAAAGAUGGCUCCAUGAUACGGCCCCAGGAAACAACUCUAUCUUCUUCCUCACAGUUUAACUGUUGGACAUAUAAAAGACUGUUUCGGUUGCCACCCACACCAUAUGUGUGAGCUUAUUUUAUAUUUAUGUAAUAAAGUGUAUUUGUAAUGUAUUCUAACACCAUAUAUUCCACUGUGUGUCUGUGUUUUAAAUAGAUUUGUAUUGUGUUUUUUAGUUUUUGGAUCUUAGAUUUGUAUCUUAUAUCUAUCAUAAGCAACAGCAUGUAUGGUCCUUUGUAUAUCAAACAAAGAGUCAAAGGACAUUUUCAGUGUGUGUGUGUGUGUGUGUGUGUAAGAGAGAGAGACAGCCUGAGGGAACAUGACUGCAGCUGUUGUAGGAUGUUUGUUUCCACAUCAGCAGGAUGUGUUUUGUGUGUACAAAUGAAACAUUUUAUAAAUUUAUCUUCCCCUCCUUUUAAUAAGAUUUUGUGUUCAAGAUGUAACAAAUUUUAUUUUUACUUAAGUGUUGUUCAAACAUUGUUAAAAGAGAUGAUUUCUGACAUGCAAUGCUUUGUUAAAUGUUUUACAGCAAUGCUUGAAUUUAUAAUGUGCUGAAGAUUUCAAUAAAAGUCAUAUAAAGAAU